AUGAAGCUCAUCAAAACGUACUUGCGCUCAUCUAUGGCACAAGAGCGCAUGAGUGGUCUGGCAAUUGUCAGCAUCAACUCUCAAUUAGCAAAGGCUUUAUCAUAUGAAGAGCUCAUUUACGACUUUGCCUCAAGAAAAAGCAGAAGUGUGCCUUUGCUGCGGCGCUGCAGUAUUGGAGAGGAAGGCUGUGCUGCUCUGAUUUCAGCUCUGAGAUCAAACCCCUCACACCUGAGAGAACUGGAUCUGAGCUACAAUAAACCAGGAGACUCAGGAGUGAAUCUGAUCUCUGCUCUACUGGAGGAUCCACACUGUAAACUAGAGAAACUAGUGCUGUGGCGCUGCAGUAUUGGAGAGGAAGGCUGUGCUGCUCUGAUUUCAGCUCUGAGAUCAAACCCCUCACACCUGAGAGAACUGAAUCUGAGCUACAAUAAACCAGGAGACUCAGGAGUGAAUCUGAUCUCUGCUCUACUACAGGAUCCACACUGUAAACUAGAGAAACUAGUGUAAGUGUUAUUAUAUUACUCAACA